GUACUCGCAUGUUUUUUUGGAGCAGCUGGCAAAAAAGUAAAAGAACAUUAGUAAACUCUCCACUCAACCCGUUGAAGCUUAUAAAAUAUUUAACAUGGCUAUAUAUUUCACCCUUUUAGUAGACGCCAUAUGGUGAUAUUGACUGUUUUGGCAUCAUCAUAUUCACAUAUGUAUUCACGUGGUGUCACCUGUGAGGAUUAAAUCAACAUCUGGCAAGAUUUAAAUCUAUAAUGAAACCCCUUGUUUGCCUUAAAUCAGGAGUUUUGCCUUAAUUUAUCCUAAAUUAGUUUACCUCGAAACUUUUGUUAUAUAUCUUCAAGGAAAACUUGUGAAAUAUCUUAUUUCACCUCAAGUGAAGCAACUGUAUGAAAUCAAGACUCACUAGCUUUCCACGAUUUGUUCCCUUUUCCCCCUUAAUAUGCUCAUGUAGCAAGUGAACGCAGUUUGCUUGUAUAAUUUAUUUUACAAACAUUAUUUUCAUUUCUUGGUGCUGAACAUGAGGUUUUUACACCAAUGUAUUAGUACAUUACAUUUAUCGAUCAAUCAGCACAGAAGUUCUGGUGCGUCUUGUUGUUGACUGUCAGACUGGUGCUGAUGCUGGUGUGGGUUUUAUUUUUCACUCUCCGACCAGCAGUUGUGCUUGUUCUUUCAGGACUGUGUCAUCGGCCACUAGAGGGGGCUGAUCUUACGUGUCAGACAUGCUCGGUAACUCACUUCUUGCUGUCUCCCUUCAGGCGACCAGAUUCACUAUUUGUCUCGUGAGCUCCAGUCUACGAUCGGGAUUCUUGAUCAUAUCCCUUUAGAAGCCUGGAGCUGAAGCCACGUCACUAUGAAAACAGGUCCCCACAGAGGAUGCCAGCAUCUCAUUGGCUGGGAGUGGAUGGAAGCAGGAGCGAGGCACAGAGAGAGAGAGAAAGCUUAAGAAGCUACAACAACUCAGCCACAGCAUCCUUAUAGAGCACUGAGCUGAGGGAUGAAAGAGAUUCCUGGUCCCUGUUGUUUUGUAGAUGGAAAAACGGAGAGGACCUGGAGGUUAACUUCCUCCACUUUGCUGCUGGAGUGAGUUCUCCAGCUGAAAGGUGCAAGACGAGCAACAGCUGGGCGGACUGAUGGGAAGCUCUUUGCAUCUCAGCAUCACCUGGACCAGUCCCGCCUCGCUAGCUGAGCCGCUGGUGGCGGUUGCUACUCUUAACUUUCUGCUUAUCCAAGCGGUCCACACCUGAACCUCUUCAUUGGCGGCGUGAGCUACUUCAGUCGUCCCCAGGGUGCACUGUUUUCUUUUUUUGGGAGAGGCAUCGCUUGGAAGAAGGGUGGCUGCUUUUUCUGUAAAUGUGUGUCCCCGUGAGCGGCACCGGACUUUCACCUUCAGAGUCUCCUGCCCCUGCCGACGGACCCUGGAAGCCCCCUGCUCUGAUCCUGGGAUGGUGUGACCUCGAGCCAGCUGUUGGCCGUCCCACAUCUGGGUCAAGAUGCCGGUGAUGAAGGGCCUCCUGGCCCCCCAGAACACCUUCCUGGACACCAUCGCGACACGCUUCGAUGGCACCCACAGUAAUUUCCUGCUGGGUAACGCCCAGGGCCACCGCGGCUACCCCAUCGUCUACUGCUCGGACGGCUUCUGUGACCUGACGGGCUUCACCAGGACCGAAGUGAUGCAGAAGAACUGCAGCUGCCACUUCCUGUACGGGGCCGACACCAGCGAGCACGUGGCCCAGCAGAUGGAGAAGGCACUGGAGGGCCGACAGGAGUACCAGGCCGAGGUCCACUUCUACAAGAAGAACGGUAUGGCCUUCUGGUGUCUGCUGGACAUCGUGCCCAUCAAGAACGAGAAGGGCGAAAUGGUUCUCUUCCUCUUCUCGUUCAAGGACAUCACCGACACCCACGGAAAAGGCCACCACAACAGCAAGAGGGAGGUUUCAGACGACAGGAGGUGCAGGAGGAAGAGCAGCUCUCACUUCAGCCAGGCCAGGAAGCGUGGACGCACCAUGUUGUACCAGCUGACCCGCCAGUUCUCCAGGGGAGGCAAGGGAGAGGUCAACCUGGGUGGCGGCAUGAUUGACAAGCCUUCAAUACCGGAGUACAAGGUGGCAGCCGUGCAGAAGUCGCGCUUCAUCCUGCUCCACUACAGUGUGUCCAAAGCCCUGUGGGACUGGCUCAUUCUGCUGGCGACAUUCUAUGUGGCUGUCACCGUGCCGUACAAUGUCAGCUUCACGCCGUACGCCGACACUGUCACGGCGGCGCGCUCCACCAUCGUGAGCGACAUCGCGGUGGAAAUGCUCUUUAUUAUAGACAUCAUCCUGAACUUCCGCACCACCUAUGUGAGUCAGUCAGGCCAGGUGGUGUAUCAGGCACGCUCCAUUUGCAUCCACUACGCCACCACCUGGUUCUUUGUGGACCUGGUGGCCGCCCUGCCCUUUGACCUGCUGUAUGCCUUCAACAUCACAGUGACCUCCUUGGUCCACCUGCUGAAGACGGUGCGCCUGCUGCGCCUCCUUCGUCUGCUCCAGAAGCUGGACCGCUACUCCCAGUACAGCGCCAUGGUGCUGACCUUACUGAUGUCCGUGUUUGCCCUGCUGGCUCACUGGAUGGCCUGCAUCUGGUACAUGAUUGGACGCAAGGAGAUUGAGACCAGCGAGAGCUGGGACAUCGGGUGGCUCCAUGAGCUGGGCAAACGUCUGGAGGCGCCCUAUAUCAACAGCACGGUUGGCGGUCCGACGGUCCGCAGCUCCUACAUCGCUGCCCUUUACUUCACCCUCAGCAGCCUGACCAGUGUGGGCUUCGGCAACGUCUGUGCCAACACUGAUGCUGAGAAGAUCUUCUCCAUCUGCACCAUGCUCAUUGGCGCGCUGAUGCACGCCCUGGUCUUUGGUAACGUGACGGCCAUCAUCCAGCGCAUGUACUCCCGCCGCUCUCUCUACCACACGCGCAUGAAGGACCUGAAGGACUUCAUCCGUGUCCACCGCCUGCCCCAGCAGAUUAAACAGCGCAUGCUGGAGUACUUCCAGACCACGUGGUCUGUCAACAAUGGCAUAGAUGCCAACGAGCUCCUGCACGACUUCCCUGACGAGCUGCGGGCUGACAUCGCCAUGCAUCUGAAUAAGGACAUCCUGCAGCUGCCAGUCUUUAAGGGGGCCAGCCGGGGCUGCCUGCGUUCGCUCUCCCUACAUAUAAAGACCUCCUUCUGCGUGCCUGGGGAGUAUCUGAUCCGUCAGGGCGACGCACUACACGCCAGCUACUUUGUCUGCUCUGGGUCUCUGGAGGUGCUGAAAGACAGCAUGGUGCUGGCCAUAUUAGGAAAAGGGGACCUGAUUGGGUCGGACCUGCCCGGGACAGAGCAGGUGAUCAAGACCAAUGCUGAUGUGAAGGCCUUGACCUACUGUGACCUGCAGUAUAUCGCUGUGCGAGGCCUCAGAGAGGUGCUGGAACUUUACCCUGAGUACGCCAGCGUGUUUGCCUCUGACAUCCACAACAACCUCACAUAUAACCUGCGUGAGGGCAGCCAGGACGAGCAGGGUCUCAACAGGUUUUCAAGGUCGCCCAGACUCUCUCAUGAAUCCAGGCUGCCCUCUAUCGUGGAAACCAAGGGUGACGACCCCGACGACUCCUUCCAUCUCUCUCCGGCCACCCGUUCACGUCGCAACCUCCUGCUGCCCAGCUUCAGCAGCCCUGUCCGCCGUACGUCCCUGGGGAACCUCCUGGGGGAUGAGUUGCGGCAGUUCAACGCCCUGCGACGCUGCCGCUCCCCCAAUCUCAGCCGCGGCUUCCGCGGGCAGGGCCUAUCCCCUCUGCCGCCGACCAAAUUCGAGCACAGCACCGCUGCGUCAGCCCCGGCCUCCACCUCGGCCCAGGUCGAGUCAGGAACCGAGCAGAAGCCUCCAAAGCUGAUUAUCCCAACCGUCACCUGCUACGGACCCCCAGACCUUAGUCCGAGGGUUGUAGACGGCAUUGAAGACAACCAGCACACCUUCCAUUUCAACGUGGAGCACAGCGGGCCUAAAGCCAGCAGAGGAGGCGGCGCCCAAGACUCCACGCAGGCCAACGACACUUUGUUGCUGGAGACCGAGGAGGUCAAGCAGAGUAUCAGUCAACUCAACCACAAGAUGGGCACCUUAAACCAAGAAGUAUCUGAGCUCACCAAGGGCCUACACCACAUGAUGCAUCUCCUCCAGACCUUCAUAUCUGUGCAUCACUACAAAGCCUCCAUCCCCUCAUACCCGUACAGUGUCCAGAUGGUGUCCAGCCCUGCAACAGAUCCCAACGCUGGCGUAUCGUUUAACCCGGCAUCAGCCUGCCACCUCCACAGCGACCCCGGGGGCCAGGAAGGUCACGGCGACCAAAGUGUCCCACCCGCCGGCCACUGGAGCUACAGUGGAGCCGCUGAAACCCAAACAGAGAGCCACCAUCGUCCUCAAUCCUCUACUCCGGCUGCUAACUCCUGUCCGCCCCUCUCUCUGAACUCUGCACCCAAGCUGGGCUCAUGUCUUGGCUCUGAGAGUGCGACCUCACAUCUGUGGGCCAGCCCGUCUUUUCUCAGCGUCAGCCCGGGCUUCCAUGGUGGAAGUCCGGGCCUCUUACCUGAGGCUGGGCUUAAAGACUCUCACAGCAGACGUCUCAGAGCUCACUCAGCUACCAUUAGCCAGUCCCAGCCCACUUUGUGCCUGCAGCCUCCCAGUGAUAGUGACGAAUACUCUUGUCAUUUGUCCCGCGCACCUACAGGUAUGUCCACGCACAGCCUGCUGGACUCUUCACCAAGCUCUUACCCCCACCUCUGCCUGCCCUCAGAGUCCCAUCUCAACUUAUCACAAGCCUCACAUGAGGACAUUUGUGUCCUGAUGUCCUCCCCGACAUCUCGUAAUCUGAUCCAGGACACCUCCAUCUUCCAAAUCGAGGACUCGUACCCCUCUAUCCACCCUGUCGCUGCCUCUCCGCCCACCUUGCCCAGCCACCCUCUUGGAUCCUCCCUGGAUUCAGGGUCACCACGAUCAGACGGUCUUGAGCCCCAUCUACCACUGUGUGACCCAUCCGCCAUUGAACACACCAGUCUGGAGUGCCUCCUGGAGAACGGGGGCUCACUGGAGAGCAGGGACAGUGAAAGUGUGUCAUCGCGAAGGUCCAGCAAUGGCGUCCACACUCAGAGCACAGAACAAUCGUGGUGUCUGGACCUCACAGAUUAAACUGUUCAUGUGUCAGAGGGCAGACUCACUGACUUCACUGCAACUGGAAACAAGGCAGCAGUUAUUGAAAUGCAAACUUCCACAGUGUUCAAAGAGACUCUCCUGGAGAUUGUCAAUGUGUGCCGUACCCCCACCCCCCCACCCCCACCCUUUGAUUACCGUGCUCUCAUAUUUGUCCGUGCGAUUUACACCAUUUCUAUGCAAAAGCAUGUCAAUUGUGCAUUAUCUUUGCUUUACUAAAGUGUGUCUUUAAAGAAAAGCUCAACAAUAGUGGGUCCUAGUAUAUUGUCUUUAUUUAUUCCGACAUCCUUGGUGCAAUUUUCAGCUGAUGAUACCUGUUACCUCCUUGUAUGGUAAAGUUGUUUAUUCUUUUUCCUAAGGAAAAGGUUUCAAAAGCAAUGCGCAAGCAACAAACAGAACAUGAAAACCUGUUGACUGUGCACACAGAUAUAUUGUAUUUCUAAGGCAGACUGGUCAGAGUGGUUGGAUGUUUUUAAUAUAUCGAGGAACAAACAUGUCAUGUGUUUCACCAUGCACAGCAUUGUUUUGAUUUUAAUGUUUUUCUCUGUUUAGCUUUUUUUAAAUUUGCAAAUUCAUAGUGUUUGACUGUGAAUAUCCAAUAUCCACACUCCACAAGGCAGAGCACAAUACAUAAUUCAUGAUUUCAAUCAGAAUUUCAUGGAACAUCUCUUUUCUUAUGCUCUUUUUAAGAUCCUUCAGGAGAAAUGAAGAAAUUCAUUAUGUUUUCCUCGCUAAAGGCGUUAAAUGUAACUCUGUGAAAUAGGUUCAAUUGCCUUUCACACAAGAAAAAUAGAAAGGUGGGACAUUUCUUUCUCAAGGAUUUACAGUUCUAUAAACACCACAUAGUUGCUGAUAAAUUUAACAUAAAUAAAUAUGCGCAUUUAGCUGAAAAGUGUGUCCCAUGAAAUAUUUAAUAGUGUUGUUAAUUUAAUAAAUAUGAAUGCCUCUUUGGAUAAAAACAUUAACUCACAAUAUUCAUUCAAUAUUCAGAAUAUUCAGGAUUUUUUUUUCUGAUUGAUUGAUUGAUUAUGCUAUUCUGACGAUUCCUCCUUGGCUGAAAAAAUAAAGUAUGCAGAAAACUUCUGACUUUGUUCUUUACUGUAAAGUCACAAUUUAUGAAUGUUAUUCUGAUUAAAAGAAACAUGUCACAAUAACUAACAUGUUCCUUGGACGACUGUUUACAUAAAUGUUUUCAAUAAAACUCACCGGAGAUAUCUUCAGCUUUAAAAGGGAACACCUGAAAAAAUUUAAAUUCCACUUUACUGUAAUCUGACAAGGAGAUAAGAAGACAUUUUGAUGCCUUCAUUAAUGAAUGUAAUCUGUGUUUGACAAAGUUGUUGAUUGUUGCACAUAGUAAUGCUUUCUGAAGCUGCCGGAGGAAAAUAGCGGAUGUAUGUAGUUUGUCAACUCUUUAAAUUUAGCAAGGAGGACUGCAGGCGUAUCCCUGCAAGACACUGCGCCAUGUUUAAGUCCAUUUUAAAUAUGUUUAUGGGAAGAUUUACAUGAGUAGUGUGAGGGUGUGUCCAAUUAUUGUUUCCAGCUUCAGUUAAUUCUUCUUUUUAAGUGUUGUCCUCAUGACUUAUAGCCCAGCAGCUUAGUGACUUACUUGUAGUUCACUACAAUCUUUUAGAGCUUCCACCAAAUUGAGUAUCUGUAGAUUCUUUGAAACUGAUUUGAUACCGUCCACCAUAUACUCUUUGAAUAAAUCCCCAAAAGAAGAUGAAAAACAAAUGUUUCUACUGUGAAGGAGAAAGUGUCAGUAAGUUGAAUUAAAAUCUCUAAAGAGAACAGAACAACACAGAAAGACUUUAGCCGGCUUUCUGAAAAGAAAAGAGGAUUUGCUGCAGUUGUUUCUCCAUUUAGUGGUGGUGAAUUUUGAUGAGUUUUUGGACAAGGCUGGUUUAUCCUUUUUUUCAUUUGGGCUGAUCUGCGUUGACUCUCAAUCCGAUAGUAUGAACAAAUGUACAGUGUCAUUUUCGAGAGUCUGUCCUGAUGAGAAAUUCAACAGCAGGUUCAUCAGCGUGGGGAUUCGUGAUACAGUAUUCCUCAUAGUUGCCUUUAUUGUUUUAUAUAUAGAAAAGCACCAAUAGAUUUCUCCAGUUUUAACAUCUCGACCAUUCACGGACAAGCCUGCUGUAAUUCUCAGGUAAAAGGAUCAGCUGAGGCCUGAAGCUGCUCACUCUUCCACUCAGUCUUUCUUUCCCAUGCUGCCCUCAUGCGUCCAAACGGGAGAAAAGAAAGUUUUCUUUGUGGAAACACUCCAAACCAAAAUGUGCCUAACCUGGCCAUAUGCAUAUAAAUGUGUUAUUCUUGGAAGUAGUAAUUCAAAAACAGUCUAUUUUGUCAUUGGCAUGGAUAAGCAGAUCAAAUGUGGCUACUUGUACUGAUUUUGUACUGGGAAAUAUUGUGCUUUCUUCUUUUUAAAAUGUGGUUUUGAUGACAACAUUUGAAUGACUGUUGGGUCAGAGAACUCGUAAUGUUUGUUCAACUUGCAAGCUGAUGUGUUGUUUGUGUGGUUAUUGUGUAACUUUGUAUUGGGUUGAUGAUAAAUGGUACUGUUUUGGUGAAUUCUCUGUGAGUCAGUGGUGUGAGAGUGUGUCUUCCUCUGUGAGGAAAAGCCCAGAUGACAUUCCAGAGUUUUUCAUACAUUUGUUAAGGAACAGAAUGACGCAUCAUGACUACACGCCAGGGUAUCGGCGGUCCAGCAUUCAAGAGCUCCGACAUUUCACUAUGUGUCUUUUUUUUCUUUUCUUGUUUUUACAGAGACUGUCCAUUGUGCAACAAAAUCCAAAUAAAGAAGAGUCCUGCAGAUAGACAGCACGGAUUUGAGCUUUCAUCAUUCAAGGGGGGCGAUUAACCAGACUGGUGUUGAGAGACGUGACAUUGUGAAAACAUGAAGCCUGUGAUUUUCGCCCUAUUGGUCGCGUUGAUUGUCACCAACAGUGAAGCCUUGCGGUGUCACUGUGGAGGCAGGAGGCAGUGUUUAGAAAGCGUGGAGACCUGCAAAGGUGCAGAUGAUGUCUGUGCCAGCAUCAUCUUCACUGGACCCGUACCGGGCUACUUUCAGAGUUGCUAUCCAUCAUUUGAAUGCCAGCUGUUGAGCAGUUCGUCUAUAACACAAGGCUUUUGCUGCAGCAAAGAUCUGUGCAACUGAUAAAUGAACUUCAUGCAACUCAUCUCCCAACGAAUGAAUAAUCCACCGCAGUGUAGUGUGUGUGCUGCAUUGUUCUAAUAAAGAUUAUUCAGUUGCAA